CACACAAUUCAAGGAGAGGGCGUACAUGCGCUACUGUCACCCACGAAAAUGAAGCUGUGAGAUGUCAGAUCAGAUGUUGAGGCUAGAAUGCCGAUCAAAUUAGUUACUACACAAGACCACAUGUAUAUGUAAUUAUAUAUAUACGCUAGGUCCGCGGUGGCGACCAUGUGCCAUCUGAAGCAAUGAACAGUGAGGCGGCAACCUUGGCAAAUUAAGGCAACGAGGCAUCCACUGACUCAUCUCCUUCCCCAUGCUUUCUUUUCUAGUCUUCCUGUUCCGCACAAAAUCCUCCGAGAGCAGAGUGGAGCUAGCAGAGGGAGAAGAGAUAGACUGAACUCUGCCAUGUCGUCAACCGCUGGCAACAGCAAGCCGUCCGGAUCCAUGUCGGCCAUCGUCGCAGACGCCGCACGAGGGUACCAUGUCCUCAAGAUCGACGGCUACUCACGGACUACGGCGACCCCGACCGGGGAGUUCAUCAGAUCUCGCUCCUUCACUGUGGGCGGUCAUCGCUGGUGCAUCAAAUAUUAUCCCAACGGAGAGACCUCGGUGUCUGAAGGUUACAUAUCCCUUUUCCUUUUCCUUGACCAAGAUGUCACCAAGGCAGUGAAGGCGCAACACAGAUUCUGUUUCAUCGACGACGUGGAGGAGCAAACUCCAUCCUUGGCAGCACAAUCAGUACGCAGCUUCGAUUCCAACUCCGGCUGGGGCAGGGCAACGUUCAUAAAAAGGGAGGAUUUGGAGAAAUCGAAGCAUCUCAAGGAUGAUUCUUUCAUCGUCCGCUGCGACAUCGCCGUCCACAACGAGCUCCGCACAGAGGAGAUGGCGGAGGCCCCUACCACAACUUUCGUCUCCGUGCCCGCAUCUGACUUGCAUCAGCACCUCGGUGACCUCCUCCAGACCGGGAAUGGCGCUGAUGUGGUGUUCAAGGUCAGCAGCGAGACAUUCAUGGCGCAUAGGUGCAUGCUUGCAGCCAGGUCACCAGUCUUCAGUGCAGAGCUCUUUGGCCAAAUGAAGGAGAGCGACAUUGCAGGUGUCGUCAACAUAGAUGACAUGGAGGCACAUGUAUUCAAGGCGUUGCUCUUCUUCAUUUACACCGACUCAUUGCCAGAGAUGAAUAAAGAAGAGGAAGGUGCCAUGUCUCAACAUCUGCUUGUCGCUGCAGACAGGUAUAACUUGGAGAGGCUUAAGCUGAUUUGCGAGCACAAACUAUGCAAGUGCAUAGAAGCGACCACUUUGGCAACUAUCUUGGCGUUAGCUGAGCAGCACCAUUGCCACGGGCUGAAGAAGGCGUGCUUCAACUUCCUCAGCUCUCCAGUAAAUUUGACUGCCGUCCUUGCAACUGACGGCAUUGAAUAUCUGAAUACAAGCUGCCCUUCUGUUAUAAAGGAAUUGAUUGCCAAGCUUGGUACGUAAAUUCACUGGUGGUACUUGUAUGUUUCAUCAAUUUGUGUUAGUUGUCACUGCAUUCCAGCCUUCUGUUAUCAGGUUUUGUCUAGUAUUCUAGUAUAUGAUGUUGAUACAAUAUGUACUCUUUUAAGUCCUAUGUAUCUGCAGAACUAGUUUUGCUUUACUGUUUUAUGUUGUGCCAUUGCAUCUCUAUAGGCCCUGUAUAAUGUACAAUAAAAUGUGACACGGAUCUCUAAAGCCCAAAAUACUAAAAA